AUGAAUAAAACGAAAUCACAAGCUGGAAUUAAAUUGCAAAAAUUAGUAGAUGAUAUUGCGCUAGAAAAAAAAUCAAGUAUAAUAGCGUACUCUCCUUCAGAAGACUCAAAAAAUUUCAUAAAUUGGCCUACUGUAAAUAGACCUGUAAGCAGAAUUCCUGGUAGAAGAAAUAUAAUGAGCCGUGCUUUUGACCAGCGUCCCACAACAAGUAAAAAUCAAUAUUUUACUAUUCAAAAAACAGUUUUCAAUACUAUAUCAAACUCAAGCGUCCCACCAUCUCCAAAAAUCCCUCUUAGUUUAUCUAGAGCAAGUAGUGAUAAGCAUUUUUAUAAAACCCCAAUGAACCGUGUUGAAGAAGAGCUCAUGAUGUUUAAAGAAGUAUUUGUAACUCCAAAAAAAGAACUUCUUGAAGAGUUAAAAUUAGAAUUACAAAAAAAAAGAGAGACAAUUUUAAAUAAUAAUCCAAGGCUUAGAGAGCUGCUUCCUGAAAAUAAAGUUAUUUACCAAAGCAUGCAGCAUGAAGAAAUUGAAGUAAAAGAAGACUAUUUCAAUAAGCAAUUGCAUUGCCAAGCUCCUGGAGGUCUCAAUGCAUCAACUUCAGCUCCUCUUUCUCCUGGUGGUGGUUGAGCACCAUCUAUCCCUGCAAUGGUAAACCCUUCAAUAAAAGAUCAUUCAAUAAAAUCUUCAUAUAGAUACGUAACCUAUGAUAUCAUCAAAGAGGCCCACUUUGCGUUCACCGAAGGCGUUUUGAAUGAAAAAGAAAACAAAAUUCAUGAAGCAGAAAUCAGUUUUAAACGUUUUUUUUAUUGUGCAAAAACAAUCCAGGAUCAAAUUGGUGAAUGCUUGGCUUUAAAUAGAUUAGGAGUUUUAUAUUAUAUACAAGGAAAGACAGAAAAAUCACGCCAGUUUCAUACAAAAAUGCUAGAGCAAAGCAGCACUGAUGGAGAGUUUGUGGCAUAUUAUAAUAUUGGUGUUUGCGAAAAAGAGCUGGGAGAUAAUAUGAAAGCUAUUUCAGCUUUUGAAAAAUCAUUGGAAUAUGCAAAAAUAUUAGAUGAUAAGCAUGCAGAAUGCAUUACAUUAGGGCAGCUAGGCUUAGCUUAUACUAGGAUUAAUGAUUUUGCAAAAGCUGCUGAAUAUCUUUAUGUAAUAUUUAUUUAGAAGUGCGCAAGUUAUGCAGAAAAAUUAAAGCACACGAGGCUACAGUAUGAAAUAGUUUUAUCAUUAGGACAGUUAUAUAAUAGUUACCAUAAUUUGAAAAAUAGUGCAUUGUUUUUCAAGCAAGCUUAUGAACUUGCAAAAAACUUGAGAAAUCCGGGCAAGAUAGAAGUUUGUGCUUGCAAUCUUGGAGUUGUGCUGGGUACAGAUAAUUAUGAGCAAAAACGGGAGAAUAUACUGAAUAAAAUACAAAUAAAAAAUAGAUUUUCAUAA